CUCAGGACUGCGGACUCUCUUCAGGGAGCCGAGCAGAACUCCCACUCCGCGAGGACAAUCAUGGCGGACUGGAUGACUCUUCUCUUGACAACUCCGCGGAGGUCCGAGUUAUCAAAUUCGAUUGUACUAUUAAUACUACUGCAAAUAACACGUCGACUUCACAAGAUGACACAAAAAAUAGACUCUCACCAGCACGCGCACCAUCACGAUCAGGGCAGACUCGUGUGCUCGACCAGAAGCAAAGGAGGAGCUCCAUAGAAGAGCCGCAUUCCUCUGAUGCUGCGACAGAGACAGCAAAUGCAGAAUCGCAUCAGUUCCGGAAAAGAAGUGCU